CUCACCAGCUCCUUGUGUAACAUGGACAGGGAGGGACAGCUACCGGCUGGGGACUAGAUUUAUGCAGGAGAACAGGAUUGACGUACACAGUAGUGAAUUGGUAGAUAUACACUGUCACAUACAAGGGAGAUUUGCUAGAUAUACUGUACACACACUGCAGAGACCUGCUAGAUAUAUACAAAAAGGAGGAUAUAGAUAAACGGGGAGAACAGGACUGAUAAGUAACGGGGGAGGUCCAGCAGAUACACAGAAGUACUGACACCAAAACAGAACUGACGAACACAAGGAGUGACGUGCACAUGAUUUCAGUAGGAGAGAGGAGCAGGUGACGGUGUUUCAGACCAGAGAGAGAGACGGGGCAAGAGAAGCAGGACUGAGAGAGGGGCGGAUACCUAAAACACCUACCUACACCAUCCGACCGACAGCAGCAGCUGCUUUCCCUCAAAACACUAUGAUGGAGGACGCUAUGCACAAUGAAAAUAUAGGAUGGAUGCCGUACCUCGUGGCCUUGUCACAAGUACUGGGAGUGGCUGCUCUGGCAAUGACUGGGGCCUGGUUUGCACACUUCAGGGGUGGCUUUUCCUGGGAUGGUGACCAACAAUUCAAUGUCCAUCCACUGUGCAUGGUGCUAGGAAUGGUGUUUCUUUGUGGUGAAUCACUGCUGGUUUACCGGGUCUUUAGACACGAAACAAAAAGAGCGACCAAGAUCCUGCACGCAGUCCUACAUGUCUUGGCUCUGUUCAUCUCAUUAGUGGGAAUUAUUGCUGUGUUCCAAUUCCACAAGAAGAAGAAAAUUGCUGACCUGUACAGCUUACACAGUUGGUGUGGAAUUGCCACAUUUACUGUUUAUAUCUUUCAGUGGAUUGCUGGAUUCAUCCUGUUUCUUGUUCCUGGUGUGGGUCUCACGUACAGGAGUCAGUAUAAGUCUAUCCAUGUCUUCUUCGGUCUGGCUCUUUUAAUCUGCUCCAUCGCUACAUCCUUGUUGGGAAUAACUGAGAAACUGCUCUUCAGCAUCCCUGAUCAAUACUCAAUGCUUCCAUCAGAGGGAGCCCUUGCAAAUUCGUUGGGUUUGAUGUUGGUGGCAUUUGGGUUGGUGAUUGGCUACAUUGUGACAAGAGAUGAAUGGAAGCGCCAACCACUUCCAGAAGAACAAGCUUUAUCCAUUGACUUCAAGACCCUAACAGAAGGAGAGAGUCCUUCUGAGCCAUGAUUGAACCUUUAUUACCGUAACUGCAAUCUGGGAAUUGAAUGCUUCUUUGUUUGGUGGAAGCCCCAGUAGCAUUAAGAUAUCUAUGGAAAUACAUUUUGCCAUGAUUUGUCAACCAUACCUUGUAUGUAUCCAAGCAAGGAUAGUUACCACUGAAAAGUCACCCCUACAUUAUUGUCAACCACACCAUGUAUCCAAGCAAGGAUAGUUACCACUGAAAAGUCACCCCUACAUUAUUGUCAACCACACCAUGUAUCCAAGCAAGGAUAGUUACCACUGAAAAGUCACCCCUACAUUAUUGUCAACCACACCAUGUAUCCAAGCAAGGAUAGUUACCAAUGAAAGGUCACCCCUACAUUAUUGUCAACCACACCAUGUAUCCAAGCACGGAUAGUUACCAAUGAAAGGUCACCCCUACAUUAUUGUCAACCACACCAUGUAUCCAAGCAAGGAUAGUUACCACUGAAAGGCCACCUCCCACAUCUAGCCAUUCCAGCUAACUUCUCUGCCAGAGGAUGCAUUGCAGAUGCUUGCAGAGCAGCCUUCUAUCAGACAUUAAAGAAGCCUUAAUGUAUAAAUGAUCUGUGCCAUAAACUGUAAGCUUCUCACGCCCCUAAAACUGCCAGUUUUAAUUCUGCUGUAUUGAUGUAUAUUUUGUUACCUCUGCUGUAAGUCCCCAUCUAUUUAUGUGCUUUGCCAAAUUAAUUCAUGUUGGAGUUAUGUGAUAAUAAAUAUAAUUUUAAAGUGUUGCUUAAAUGUACUGGCAUAAAUGCUACAUCUUGGUUACUGUUUUGGUUUAUCACUGAUAACUGCACCUAGACCCUUACCUUAUUCAACUGGAGUAAAAAUAUAUUUGAAUUAAACGUAAACUGACAUUCUAGUCACGUGUUUCUUUGUUCCAUCUAAAGAGGACAUUUCAAAAUAUAUUACCGUCAUUUGUAUUUGUUUUAAUGCAUCUUCCUUAGUGCUGCAGAAUCUGUUGCCACUCUAAAAGUAACUGAUAAUAAUAAUAAAGAUGUUCUAAAUAAA